ACCAAGUAAUUGUUGACUCGGAGGGGGCGGAUAAACAUCCCCAUCCUGCUUUGGUAAAGGCGACUAUGCUGUGCAGCUCAUUGUAGAAAAGUCUUCGUUGUGGUGGAAACCAGCGUGUCGGAGGACGCAGGGAGGCAGCGCAGAGAAGACCGAGGAGCAAGGAGGAAGGGAGCUGGAUGAGCCAUCGGAAACGUGAUGAUGAACGCGGCGAGCCAUCUCAGGAGGUCGCUCCUCCUGUUCCUGUUCGUUCAUAGCUGUAAUUAGAUCCGGUCACAGCAUCUUAUGCACGCCGAUCGCUACUUGAGAUCGUGGAUCUGAUCCUUGUUCGUGCUCGUGCAAGACGGAUCGGUGACUAUUGUUGUAUAAUGAAUGGAGCGGUGAAGAAGGAAGGUACCACAUCAUGACAAGAGGCAUGAAUAUAAGUUGGGGCGACGAUGAUAGAUUCUGGAAGUGGCAUCCGCUUUCCGAGGAAGAGCUUCGUGAGCUUUCCAUAGAUCCAGAGAACCGGCUCUGUGAAUACGCAGAGCUCAAUCAGGUGAGUUGGCUGGAAGCAACAAAGACGCUGGACCUGGAUCACGAGAAAUACAAGAAAGUGUUCGAUGGUUACGAGACUUGUGAGAUUUUGUACAACAUCAAGUUUAAGGUCGAUGCUUUCGGGUGGCAUGGCGUCCCCGUCACCUUCCAAGUGAACACCCCAAUCCCAGCUGAGGACUAUGCGAGAGAUGAGAGGCUGGAGUCAUACAGAAAACGUACUAGCGGGUGGCAACAGAUCCAUGGUGGCCGGUUCACAGUACCUAAAACUGAGAAGAAAGGAGAGGUCAAGUUCGGCAUGUAUGAAAUCAAGAGCCAGAGGUGGAAGGGUGGCAUUCUUCUCGCCGGCGUCACUCUUAAGCUUCACAAGUCUGACACCACCGAUUAGAUCACCAAAAGCUUCUUCUGGAUCUCAGUAUUUAUUGUAUUUGCCCUUUGUUUGAUGUUCUGUGUUGGGAUCAUUGCUUCUUCCCUUUCGACGAACCAUGUUAUCCGAGCUAUAAACUUGAUGUGUUUCAUGGAAUGAAUGCAAACUUCGUAAA